GCCCUCCUCCCGGGGCGGAGCCUCCGGCCACUGCUGGGCCGUUGGUUUCGGGGCGGAACCUUCGUGCAGCGGGGGCGGGCGCGUGGGGGAAGGCGCUGCGGUGGCUCAGCGGCCGGCUAACGUGUAGUGGCGACUGGAGGGGGUGCGGCGUCUGCUCCGGCUUCGUUCGGCUCCGGCUCCGGCUCCCGCCCAGCGUGCGCGCGCAGUCCCUUCCCUGAGUACUGUCCCCCCAGACCCGCCCAACGUGAGGGGCGCGCGGCAUCUAGAGACCCCGGAGACUUCGUCGACCGCGGAGGAGGAGGCGGCGGGAGCGCGAGUUCUGGCCAGCGUCUGGGCGGCACCGCAGGAUUCACAGAUGGAUUCAGUGGAAAAGACAACAACCAGAAGUGAGCAAAAAUCAAGCAGAAAGUUUUUAAAAAGCCUCAUCCGAAAACAGCCCCAGGAACUGCUCCUGGUCAUCGGGACUGGGGUCAGCGCAGCAGUGGCCCCAGGAAUCCCCGCCCUCUGCUCAUGGAGAAGCUGCAUUGAGGCGGUCAUCGAGGCCGCAGAGCAGCUAGAGGUACUUCACCCUGGGGACAUCGCUGAGUUCCGGAGGAAAGUGACAAAGGACCGGGACCUGCUGGUUGUUGCUCAUGAUCUGAUCCGGAAGAUGUCACCUCGUACAGGUGACACCAAGCCCAACUUCUUCCAGGACUGCCUGAUGGAGGUUUUUGACAACCUGGAGCAACACAUCCAGAACCCUCUGGUGCUGCAGUCCAUCCUCAGUCUGAUGGAGAGGGGCACCAUGGUCCUGACCACAAACUAUGACAACUUGCUGGAGAUCUUUGGCCAGCAACAGAACAAGCCCAUGGAGUCUCUGGACUUGAAGGACAAGACUAAGGUUCUUCAGUGGGCAAGAGGACACAUCAAAUAUGGAGUUCUUCAUAUUCAUGGCUUAUACACAGACCCCUGUGGGAUGGUAUUGGAUCCAUCAGGAUAUAAAGAUGUCACUCAAGACCCAGAAGUAAUGGAAGUCCUGCAGAACUUAUACCGAACCAAGUCUUUUCUGUUUGUGGGCUGUGGAGAGACCCUGCGUGAUCAGAUAUUCCAAGCUCUCUUUCUUUACUCUGUGCCGAAUAAGGUGGAUUUAGAGCACUACAUGGUUGUGCUCAAGGAGAAUGAAGACCAUUUCUUUAAGCAUCAAGCAGACAUGCUUUUGCAUGGAAUCAAAGUAGUGUCCUAUGGGGACUGUUUUGACUAUUUUCCGGGAUAUGUGCAAGACCUUGCCACCCAGAUCUGCAAACAGCGGAGUCCAGAUGCUGAUCGAGUGGACAGCACCACAUUAUUGGGUAAUGCAUGCCAGGACUGUGCAAAGAGGAAGUUGGAAGAGAAUGGAAUUGAAGUAUCCAAAAAACUCAGACAAUCAGAUACCGAUGAUGCUGCAGGAUCUUGAAAUCUUUAAAACCAAUAAAACCUGCAACUUGAAAACCAGCCUUCUGUAACCACAGUGCCAUGCCCAAAUGAUGAGGAAUGUAUGGAGAACUCCAAAUGGAUCUCCCAAUUCUAAACUGUCACAUAACCCCAAGAGAGCCACCUGGGUAUGUGGCCCUCAAGGCUGGGUGAAAGCUUUCCUGUAUGUGUUGAACAACAUGGGAAGUGACACAUACAUACUUCAGGUGCACUUUGAAAGGACUGAUGGGCAGCUACCUCAGGGACCAAAAUCAGUGGAAGGGAUGGACCCGGUACUCCCGAUUCCCAUUUUGACAAAUUCUCUUGUGUCAAGGUGGUAUUUUUCCUAAAAGGAAGGGGAAAGUAAAGACUGUCCAAGCAACAGUAGUUGCCAAAGAGAAAAUAAGAACUAGAUACUUAAACUUGUUAAUUUUUAUGUGGAAACAUCUGUUACUGUAGAAAAUAUUUUAAAGGUAUGUUUGUUUUAUUGUUUAAUAGUAAAGAAUGAAUCUGCAGUGAAGAUUAUAUGUUUUUAAAAGCAACCAGUAGAUCAAAAGGGCUUCUUUGGAAUUAUAUCAUUUUAGUAACUUCUUUUCCAAAGAAAUGGCAGGUCUGAUGUUGCUAAUUGUAAAGUCUGAAGAGCCAGAAAGCCAGUUUAGCGUUGUGCAGGGCCAUUGUGUGACCACAACCGAGAAAGUGUAAGCGAGGCAAAAGACACAGUUUUGAACUUUAGUUAGAUUAUAAAUUCUCAGCUUUCCAAGUCUUUUUUCUGUGGGGUAAGGUCCAACCUUUUGAUUCUUACCUCUUAAAAUUCUCUUCCUACUGCCCAUAUUAAGGAGGUUUGCACAGAAUGGGGUAGGCAAAACUUAUAAAGGGCCUGCAACACUUUAAAGGUUUUCGGGGUUUAUCCAUGUGAAACAGCUGUGCUGGGUGUGCUGCUGUGCCCAGGGGGCUUUUCUGACUGUGACCAGGGCAAAAGCUUACAUGGUGGUACAGUGAGACAUCUUAAAACGAAGGAUUCUCUUUGGAAACAAGCCCCGCUUGGUUUCAGUUUGAGGCUGCUCAUCUUCGAUGUGAUAUUUCUUGCCAAGCUCUGUGACACUCUCCAUUGAUGGCUCCCAUAGGUAGACAAAGCUAAGCAAGGAACAUAAGGUUGGGAUGUAUAGGGAGUGAGAGAGAAGCCAGAGACCUGCUGAAGACCUUUUUGGUUUCUUUUUGAAGCAUGAAAAAUCUUUUAUGUCAGUCGGGUCAUAAAUAAAAUUUUAACUUUAA